AUGUUCGGAGUUAAGAGCCGGAGGCGGCUCAACACGCAACCUCUUUACAGCAAAUUACCGCCCGGCACCAUACGGCUUGUCCGACUGCUGCCGGCCACGUCGUCCGGUCUCGAAUGCGAACUCUUUGAGUCGACUCUGCAGAUUGCGAGGAACCACUACAAUGCGUUGUCCUAUACGUGGGGAGAGACGAAUCCGGGCGAGAGAGCCAUCAUUACCGUCAACGAGACCGUCGUAGGCAUCAAGGCCAACCUAUACAAUGCUCUGCGCAGAGUGCGACAGCGUACACAGCCCGUCGUCCUCUGGGUCGACUCGCUGUGCAUCGACCAAUCUGACGAGGCCGACCGUACGCAACAGGUGGGUAUGAUGCGUGAUAUAUACGCGAGCAGCAGCGAGGUUAUCAUCUGGCUAGGGAUCCGCGGCCGCGGCGAUGACCUCGGCGAGUCCCUGUCACCUGACGCGAUUGAUAUAUAUGGGGCUUUCUGCGUCAUAUCAAUGUUGUCCCAAGGUGUGCUGGCCUCCAAAAUCUGGUACCUGCGGCAUCUCGAUCACUCGCCACCUAUCAUUCGGGGUCUGAAUGCCAUUAUGCAGAAGUCCUGGUGGCGUCGGGUAUGGGUUGUUCAAGAAACUGUGGUGGCACAGAGAGCAACGGUCUGCUAUAGCGACAUGUCGAUCCCAUGGGAAGCUUUUUCCAGAGCCGCAGAGUGUUAUGAGAACGGUCGGGUCUCUGAGAACUUGGGCUCUAUAUCGUACCUGACAUACGGAGGGCCUCUCGGGCAUUUUUGCCGGAUGGUUACCGAGAUUGACAGCACGAGGAGAAACUGGACAAAUCCUUACCAACCGCUCGCCCUGCUGCCAGCUCUCAGGAAAUUUAGAGACCGCGAUGCAAGCGAUAGGAAAGACAAGGUAUUUGCGCUCGUGGGCCUCGUCAAGGCCUGGGGACUACAAGCACCUCUACUGCCAGAUUAUGGACUCGAGACGUGGCGUAUUUUCUGGGAAACCACUGUCCGGCUGAUCGAGACUUCGAAAUCUCUUGCCAUCCUCGCAGGUACUCUGGGAAACCACAUCGACAUGGGAAAUCCGCCGUCGUGGGUUACUGACUGGAGUCACCCUCCUGAGCCGCACGAGCACUACAGGCUCAAC